UACCGGGUCCUCCCACCGGUGGCGGCGCUGUGAGCCGCGGCCUCCUCCGUCCAUUCUCUCCCCGAGCGGACCUCCGGUGCCGGGUGACGCCGCGCCUCGUGGAUGCCGCCGAUGGAUUUCGACUCGAAGCCCAGCUGGGCCGAUCAGGUGGAGGAGGAGGGAGGAGACGAUGAUAAAACUACUGGGAGUACAUUUGAAGCAGAUGAGGAUCGAUCGACACAGAAAGGUACACAAGUUGCGGCCACCGACGCUGACAAAGUUACAACGGUUGCUCCGCCUUCACCUAAAGAAUUGUUCAAAGGGAAUCUUAAAACUGUCGUCGAUUACAAAGUUGAUGAGGAAGGGAAGAAAUUCAAGAUUAUCCGCACAUUCCGAGUCGAGACCAGGAAAGCUUCGAAAGCUGUGGCCAGGAGAAAAAAGUUGAAGAAAUUUGGAACCUCAGAAUACGAAUCGUCAGGCUCUACUGUUGCCACGACAACCGUCAGCGACGAAGUGUACAUGACCUUCAUCACCAGCAAAGAGGAUCUGUGCUGUACCGAAGAGGAAGACCCGAUGGCCAAACUGAAGGGGCAGAAGAUUGUGUCGUGCCGAAUCUGUAAAGGCGACCACUGGACCACACGCUGCCCAUACAAGGACACCCUGGGACCCAUGCAGAAGGAGCUGGCCGAGCAGCUGGGGCUUACCACAGCCGAUAAGGAGAAAGGAUCAGAUCCUGAACCAGUCCAACCAGCUCAGAGCAAGACUGGCAAAUAUGUUCCACCCAGCCUGCGAGAUGGAGCCAAUCGCCGGGGAGAAUCAAUGCAGACUAAUCGCAGAGCGGAUGACAAUGCCACGAUCCGAGUCACCAAUCUCUCAGAGGAUACACGAGAGACAGAUCUGCAGGAACUCUUCAGACCUUUUGGUUCGAUUUCUAGGAUCUAUCUGGCAAAGGACAAGAACACUGGCCAGUCCAAGGGUUUUGCCUUCAUCAGCUUCCAUCGGCGCGAGGAUGCAGCCAGAGCCAUUGCUGGCGUCUCUGGUUUUGGUUACGAUCAUUUAAUCCUAAAUGUGGAAUGGGCCAAGCCAUCAACCAACUGAAAGGUCGCAUCAUCCGAGCUUCAACGUCAAAUAAGUCAGUCAUUAACAUCAAAUAAAAUAUUGAGAUCAGA